UGCGGAGAGGGGAAGGGGAUGCGCUCGCUAGUGGAGAGAGAGUGGAGGGCACCGAUUUAGUGGACUUACCCAAUCAUGCAGAAAUCUCCACCAUCAACAACUGGACAACUCCUGGAUGCUGUGCUUUUGCCAUAAACUUUCUGAAUGUUACUACUGCAGAAUACAGAGAUGGGCUCGACGAGAAAACUCAGCAAGGGCUCAGCAAAGUUCCCCUCACCGAUACGAUUUCCGAAGUUUCGACUGUGCGCGUCUUUCAUUGUAUGGAUAACGGCCCUGGCGUCGGUCUGUACGGGGUUUAACCUGGAUGUGGACAACCGUGUGGUAUACACUGGACCUGAGGGCAGCUACUUUGGCUACUCUGUAGACUUCUACGUAGACAGCUCAUCAAUUGUCAGCAUCCUAGUUGGUGCACCGAAAGCCAACACCAGCCAAACAGAUGUCAUAGAGGGCGGGUCUGUGUUCUUCUGUCCCUGGAGACACGACCAAUCAAAGUGCAGGGUUCUUGAAUUUGACAGUGAAGGAGAUCGGACUUUCAACGUCAACAACAGAGACCUCAAGGUGGAAUUCAAAUCCCACCAAUGGUUUGGGGCGACAGUGCGCUCCCAUGGCGACAACGUCCUGGCCUGUGCUCCACGGUACUAUUGGAGAACGGAGCAUGACCUUCCUUUUUCAGACGCCACCGGAACCUGCUACCUGUCUGUGAACAACUUCACCAAAACAGUUGAAUACGCCCCCUGUCGAACAGAGAGACACGGUCCUGCCGGCCAGGGCUACUGCCAAGGGGGGUUCAGUGCUGACUUCACUCAGGAUGGGAAAGUUGUUCUUGGGGGACCUGGAAGUUUCUAUUGGCAAGGCCAGCUGAUCACAGCCACUACGGAGGAAAUAGUGAAGGCCUUCUAUCCUUCCUACUUCCUGCUGUCGGUGGCCGGGCAGGUGCAGACCAGGCAGGUGCAGAGCAGCUAUGAUGACAGCUACCUCGGUUACUCUGUGGCUGUUGGAGAAUUCAGUGGAGAUGAUACUGAAGAUUUUGUAACAGGGGUCCCCAAAGGAGUCAUGCUGUAUGGUUUAGUAUCUUUACUAAAUGGAACCAAUCUAAAGUCCAUGCUGAACUUCACCGGUGAACAGAUGGGCUCGUACUUCGGAUAUGCAGUGGCAACAGCAGAUAUCAACAAUGACGGGUUGGUGGAUCUGCUGGUGGGGGCGCCUCUCUUCAUGUUCCACCAUCCUGGCGGUCACCUGGAGGAGGUGGGCCGCGUCUAUGUCUACCUGCAGACGGCUCCGCUGUUCUUCCUGCCCGCGCCACACCUGAGCGGCACGCACACCUACGGCCGGUUCGGAGCCUCCUUCGCCGCCCUGGGAGACCUGGACCAGGACGGGUACAAUGAUGUAGCCAUUGGUUGCCCUUUUGGUGGGGAGGACGGGCAAGGCCUGGUCCUCAUCUACAACGGACAAACAGCUGGAUUGAGCGACACACCUUCUCAGGUGCUGACUGGCCAAUGGGCUACCGGUGUGCUUCCCACAGGGUUUGGUUUCUCCAUCCAAGGAAGCAAAGAUCUGGACGAGAAUGGCUAUCCAGAUCUUCUUGUUGGAGCCUUUGGAGUAGACAAGGCAGUGUUGUACAGGGCCAGACCCAUUGUGAAUGCCUCUGCCACUUUAGUAGUGCAGCCCACCAUGAUCAACCCUGAAGAGAAGAACUGCAUAGUGACCAAUGAGAAUGGAACCAUCCCUUCAUCGUGUGUGAGUUUGAAUUUCUGCCUCUCUGCCGAUGGAAAGCACCUCCCUGCUGAUUUGGCUUUCGUGGUGGAGCUGCAGCUGGACAGUGUGAAGCAGACACAGAGAGGGCUGGUGAGGAGAGCUCUCUUCCUGCACUCCCAGAAGCCCUCUCACAUCCAGAGGCUCUCGCUGGCCAACGGAGAACCCUUGUGCCAAGACACCAAGAUCUACCUGCGCGGUGAGAAGGAGUUCCGGGACAAGCUGACGCCCAUAAUGGUCAGCCUGAGCUUCUCUCUGGAUCCCCAGGCUCCAGUGGACUCCCACGGCCUGAAGCCCGUCCUCAACUACCAGACCACACAGCUCAUCCAUCAGAAGGCUCAGAUUCAACUCGACUGCGGAGACGACAACAUCUGUGUGCCGGACCUGAAGUUGACUGUUAGGGGGGAUCGAGAGGAGGUGUAUCUGGGGGAUGAAAAUGUCUUGACUCUGACGUUUAAUGCUGUGAACGAGGGCGAAGGUGGGGCUUAUGAAGCAGAUCUGUAUGUGCUCCUCCCACCAGAGGCUGACUACAGUGGCAUCGCCAGAAACAACCAUUCGCUAACCCAGCUGACCUGCAGUUAUGCAGCAGUGAAUGAUACUCGUUUUGUCAGCUGUGAUCUGGGAAACCCUAUGAAGUCUGGAACAAGUUUGUGGGCCGGUCUUCGUUUCACCGUGCCGAGAGUCCGGGACUCACAGAAAACUGUCCAGUUCGACCUACAGAUCCGCAGUAAAAAUGAGAACAACUCCCACAGCGAGGUCGUCUCGUACUCCCUUGAGGUAGCCGUUAUGGCAGACGUCAUCCUUCAAGGUGUGUCCCGUCCAGAUAAACUUCUGUUUCCUCCUGCUGACUGGAGACCGACCAACAGGUGGAUGGAGGAGGACAUCGGCCCCCAGAUGCUGCAUGUUUACGAGUUGUUGAAUAAUGGUCCCAGCACGCUGAGUGUGUCUACACUGGAGCUGCGGUGUCCUCGUCAGGUGGAAGGUCACCGCCUGGUCUAUCCCCUGGAGCUCACCACCGAGGGCCCCAUCAACUGCAGCACUAAAAACAUCAUCAACCCCCUGAGGGUCAAGCUCCAGCUGAGUCCGUCGGAGGAGCCCCCAGCGCUGGCGUCUGGCUCCAGUCCGGCCCGGCAGAGCAGAGAGCUGCCCAGGGACCAGCUGUCACAGCUCAGCAACCUGUCCUGUUGGACAGUCCAGUGCUGGAGGCUGCAGUGUAGUGUGGGGGUGCUUCCCAGGGGGAAGAGUGCCAUCCUGAAAGUGAGGUCUCGAGUGAGCGCUGACACCUUCAUAGAGAGAGCGUAUAAGCAGUACCUGCUGGAGUGUACGGUGGAGUACAGAGUGGAAAAGAUGCCAUAUUCCAUACUGCCCAAGGAGUACCCAAAUGGAUCCACCAAAGUCGUGACCCCAAUAGUGUGGGCUAAUCCAGAGAACCCGUAUGCUGUGCCUCUGUGGAUCAUCAUCCUGGCUAUACUGGCUGGACUGCUACUGCUGGCACUAGUCAUAUACAUUUUAUACAAGCUGGGUUUCUUCAAGCGACCUGACCCUUAUGGGACAGCCAUGGAGAAGGCACAACUCAAGCCCCAGGCUUCAUCAGAGGCCUAACCAAAACCACUGAUCCCAGCUGGCCCGGGUUGCACUUCGAAAACCGCAGGCAAGAAGCAGCAGAAUCCAAGUUCCAUGAGGGAAAGUGAGAACCUGUGUCUGAUGAAGCAGGACCUACUGCAGGGCCCACUUCACUGCACUAAAGGCCCAAUCAAUGGCAUUUAGAUGCAGGCGUGACUGCUAUGUUUGUCAUGUGACUAAAACCCCCUGCCACAGAACAGUCUGCAUCAGCCUAUGGGUUAGGCAGGGGAUGCCAAGUGACGUACUUUUACAGAAUUGGACUCUUCAGAGCUUCCCCCCCCCACAGCAUCUCUACAACCUCAGUGGCUUGUCAAACAGUUAAGUGGAUUAAAACAAAGAAGAGUGAUAUCUGGCAACCCCAAUGGAAGCACUGAUUUAGUUGUCCUCGGAAAGGCACAUUUCUUUCAUGAAACCUGGAAGGGCUCUUUGCAAAAAGUAAAUCACAAGCACAGCUAAAUUAUUUAUAUUGAGGGCUUUAUUGCCUGUGGAUGUUUGUUAUCUGUCUCGUUUAUCUGUCUCAGUACAACUGGAAGAGUAAACUGGCCAGUUAUUACCUGUGGUUCUCACGUCCAAGUUUUAAUAAAUCUCAAGCUCCGUGUACUUUUCGCUUUGGACAAUAGUUGUUGUCAGAAGCUGAGCUCUGACAAAGUUUGUUAAAAUCCUGAAGAGCAGACCUAUAGCAUCCAAUUUGUCAAAUGUAUGCUAUCGUAGUCAUGAAGCCAAAGAAUCAAGUUUGUGUGUUUUGACAGUCGAGAGGGAGCUAAGAUGAUGGAGCAUCACAUACAGUAGUCACACUCAGCUAUGUAGCCUGUUUUGCAGGUCUUUUUUCCACUACCCUGAAUGCCCCAGCACUGCCAGUGGAGUUCAGGGUUGGCAGAAGGGAAAAAGUGGACACUAGUCUAGCUAAAGCUCUCUUUAAGUUUUUUUUAGUUUUUUUUUUAUGAAGACAAAAUUCACCUUGUGGCCUUGCAUACUUUGCAUAUAUACAUUGGAACACUCUGUGUCAGGCAGAAAACACACAUCAGCUGUUUUCAACUGUCACAUGCUCUUCACAUCCUGUCUCCAGUCUAAAGGUUGUCCCAGCGGCCUGCUUUUCAGUUGCGUGGGUUCUCAUAAUGUCCAGGGAAGACUGCAAUAUUCACAUCCAGACAAAGUAGUCCUCAGGUCUUGAAAACAAAAACCCAUUAUCCAUGCACUUCACCUAUUUUUUUGUUUUUGUUUGUUUGUUUAAUAUAUAUGAAUCAUCAUUUCACCAAUGGUAGAACUAGAUCAGUGUCUUUAAGGUGUGCUCUAUUUUCACACGAACACACCUUCAUAUAUACUUAUGUUUGGAUCUACUUGAAUAUCCUACUACUCAUGAGUACUGUAAGUAUUUUAAUCUGCUUAAAGUCUGUGUAAUACAACACAAUACCAAAGAAGACUAGGCACAAAUGUUUAUACUAAUUACACUUCAAUGAUAUGCAGACAGGGUGCAUAUCAGGGCAUAUGUAUUCUAGAUAAGCUACCAGUUUUUUUAGGGGAUUGAGACAUGGAUCCGACAAAUGUCCAUUUUGCCUUUUAUUUGAAAAUGACCUUCAGUCGUGCCAAUUUGAGUUUAAAAAGCCAUAUGAUGAAUGUUCAACUUACAGCCCUUUGAAUUCCUUUACUUUUAGCUCAUUUAAUAUGUGUGGGUAUGUAUUUGAAAUUAUGUUUUUGACUGCAACAUCUACAUGUAAUCUUGUUUAUGAGACAAUCCUUGUGUCUUUUUCCUGGUCCUUUUUGAGUUGUACAUUUUUCGCUUCUGUGUGGAGAAUAUUUUAAUAUACAUUAAAAAUGUGUCAUUGUUUUGUUGAAGAAAAUAUUAUUUUCCCAUAUUGGGAGAAAAUAAUGUGUUCAUGUUGUUGUAUAUAGCUGUUUUGAAGAAAAUAAAAUGGUCACUU